CUUGCUUUUUCUCAAGCGGCUCUUGGAUAUUCGUCAUCUUUUCCGAGUGGUAGCAGGGUUGGUUGGUGAAGCCCCCCACCAAGUCUACCCAACUACCCCUUCUCCUACUAAGACACUCAUUAUAAUUAUACUAUUAUUGGGUUCAGAGAGCGAAUUGGAGGAGCCAAAUUUGAGAGAGAUACAGAGAGAGCAGGAGAAAUGGCGCAAGUGAGCAAAAUUUGCUGUGGAAGUCAAAGUUCUCAACUUUUUCUCAAUGUCUCGAACACCCACAAACCCAAAUCUGUUGCUUCAGUUUCAUUUAGAUCACCCUUCAAAGGGUUUUCAAGCUCUUUGGGUUCGAAGCACACUAAAGGGUGGGGUAAUUGUGCGGUUGAUGCAGUUAGAGCUGUUCCUCUGAGAGUCUCAGCUUCAGUUGCCACGGCAGAGAAGGCAUCGGAGAUUGUGUUGCAACCAAUCAAGGAAAUAUCCGGCACAGUCACGUUGCCCGGCUCGAAAUCGCUAUCCAAUCGGGUUCUCCUUCUCGCUGCCCUUUCUGAGGGAGAAACUGUUGUGGAUAACAUAUUGAAUAGUGAUGAUGUUCACUAUAUGUUUGGAGCACUGAGAACGUUGGGAUUAAGGGUGGAGGAGGAUAUGACCAUAAAACGAACCAUUGUGGGAGGAUGUGGCGGUCAGUUUCCUGUAGGUAAAGAAUUCACAAAUGAUGUUGAACUUUUCCUUGGAAAUGCAGGGACGGCAAUGCGUCCAUUAACAGCUGCUGUUACUGUGGCUGGUGGAAAAGCAAGCUACAUACUUGAUGGGGUUCCCCGAAUGAGAGAAAGACCAAUUGGGGAUUUGGUUGCUGGUCUUAAGCAGCUUGGAGCAGAUGUCAGUUGUUCUCCUACAAACUGUCCCCCUGUUCAAGUAAAUGGAAAAGGAGGCCUGCCAGGAGGGAAGGUGAAGCUCUCGGGAGCUAUUAGUAGUCAAUAUUUGACUGCUUUGCUCAUGGCAGCUCCUUUGGCUCUCGGAGAUGUGGAAAUCGAGAUUAUUGAUAAACUAAUUUCCAUCCCCUAUGUUGAGAUGACUUUGAAGUUGAUGGAACGCUUUGGAGUCUAUGUUGAGCACAGUAGUAGCUGGGAUCGUUUCUUGAUCCGUGGUGGUCAAAAGUACAAAUCUUCUGGAAGUGCUUAUGUUGAAGGUGAUGCAUCAAGUGCCAGUUACUUUCUAGCCGGGGCAGCGGUCACUGGUGGGACUGUUACCGUGGAAGGUUGUGGAACAAGCAGUUUACAGGGUGAUGUGAAAUUUGCUGAGGUUCUCGAGAAAAUGGGCGCUAAAGUUACCUGGACAGAAAACAGUGUCACAGUCACUGGACCACCACGAGAUUCUUCAGGAAGAAAGCACUUGCGUGCAAUUGAUGUCAACAUGAACAAAAUGCCGGAUGUUGCUAUGACUCUUGCUGUAGUUGCACUUUUUGCUGAUGGUCCUACUACCAUAAGAGACGUGGCAAGUUGGAGAGUGAAAGAAACAGAACGAAUGAUCGCAAUUUGCACAGAACUUAGAAAGGUCAUUUUCUUGGUUCCAUUUUACCUAUUCAAAAUUAUAUAUUUGGACCACUUUCAUAAGCCGCAUUUGACCUUAUUGUUGCAGCUGGGAGCAAAAGUUGAAGAAGGACCGGAUUACUGUGUGAUCACACCCCCUGAGAAACUAAACGUGACCGAAAUUGACACCUACGAUGACCACAGAAUGGCCAUGGCGUUCUCUCUUGCUGCCUGCGGAAAUGUUCCAGUUACCAUCAAUGAUCCUGGCUGCACUCGGAAAACUUUCCCCGACUACUUCGAAGUCCUCGAGAGAUACACGAAGCACUAAACUCGGAUGCACGUAAUCUAUACAUAUAGAGAGGGAGAGAAACAGCUGAAUACUACAGCCACUGAGCUCUAGCAAAGGCAUCUCCUUGAGGAAGCAACAUGCCUUGUUUUCUUUAUUUCCUUCUAUCUUUGACUAUAAGUAUUAGCAAGUUGAUAUUAUUGCAUCCGGGCUGUAAUUGUAUUGUGUGAGAGUGUAGUUUGAAGCCAGUUUGGAUCCAAAUGAAUUGUCAUUACCUGCAAUAAUCAUUCAAAGCAAGAUUCUCUUGGAUUUCAUUUCUGCAUCU